AUGGUUACUCUCUUCAAUGAUUUACCUGAUCUAUCAUUGAUAGAAAUAUUUUCUUAUUUAUCUUGUGUCGAUGCUUUAUGGUGUUUCAAUAAUCUCAAUAUUCGUUUAACAAGAUUAUUAAUUGAACGUGGUUUUUAUUAUCAUAUUAAUUUAUCAUCCAUGCGGUAUCAUCGAUUCAAAAAAAUUUUACCAUUACUUCGAUUGAAUGUAAUUCAAUCACUUGUCUUUGAUUGUUAUUCGUCACCACUUCAGCUAAGAUGUUGCCCUUAUUUACCACGUUUAAGAAUAUUAAAAGUAAAAGGUGUACGAAACGUGAUUGAUGUUUUUAAUUUUGCACAACGGCAUGCCACUACAUUAACUCAUUUAACAGUUGAAUCAAGCGAGUAUUUUGAAACAUUUGGUCUAAGUAGAAAAUUAUGUUAUCCAUCAUGGAAUUUAUGUGAAUUCAUUACUGAAAUUCUUAAUCAUCUGUCUGCUCUUCGUUCACUUGAUUUAGGAAUGGAGUCAUCGUUUUUCUUACAUCAUUGGCCAUUUAAAAUAAUAGAAAUACCUUUAACUUAUUUGGCUAUUACAUUGAGCACAACGCGGAACUUAUUAGACAUAAUGUCGACUGAACCAUUGUCACGUACAUUAGAACAGUUACACAUUAAAUUAGCUCAUGAAUGUUUUCUUAUAAAUAGUAGUCUAGAUGGUAUAAAUCUUUUGCCUCAAAUGAAAUCUUUACAUACAUUUAGUUUUGUUAAAUCAUUCGAUUGGCAUUCGAUGGUAGAAUGGACAUUUGUUAAUCUAUUGACUUCUUCUAAUGUUAUGCCUGCUUUACGUCGAAUCAAUUUCUCAAUUGUUAUUAGUGUUGAUGAUCUUAUUCAAAUGAAGAAUUCCGCACUUUUUACAGACUUUCGUCAUAUUGAUGUUCAUUAUGCUUUUAUUAUCAAUGAUGAUCGUCCACAUAUAGAACUUGUUAAUUAUGUCCCAUAUGAUAAUCAAUGUCAUCCUCGUCAAAUAGGUAGUGCAACAUUUAUUUCUGAUUCUUGGCCUGACAAUCAACCAUUUACAACUCCAGGUCAAAUCUAUGCGAGGAAACCCAAAAUUCGACAACAUCUAUUCUAUAGUUUACCAUGGACUUUUAAUGAAUUUUUUCAAUUAAGUGUUCCAGAUAGAUGUAUUUAUCAAUUAGAAGUAUUUAAAUCUUGUUCAAUUAGUGAAAUCUAUUCGUCUAAUUUAAUUAAAUUGAAUAUGUCAGAUAAUCUUGCAUCAUCUACUACAUUCUUCUCUCAAAUAAUGAAUUCAAAUAAGAUAGUCGAACUUUAUUUAUUUCGAUGUAAUAGACAAGUGUCUAUGAAUUUACCUAAUGUUUCUCAUCUUAUUCUUAUCGAUAGUUUGGAUUCAUUGAAUAGUUGUUCACUUUCGUUAAAUAUUCGAUCUAUUCAAAUCAUUCUUCAUUAUGAGUGUCUUCGUUUUGCAACUGGUGAUUGGACUGCUUUACAUUCACUCUCAAUUUUACCAUUGUUGAAAUCUUUACGUAUACUUUUAUAUGGAAUGCAUAUUCCUCCAGAUGAUACAAGUUGUCAAAUCAUUGCAGAGAUAACACCAAAUUUAUUCGAUUUCUCUUUUUGUUUUCGACGUAUUUAUCAUCAAAAUUCUUAUGAUACUGUUGCAGCAUACAAGGAACAUUGUUUAUUUAUUGAAAAAUUACGAAAGCGUAUUCUUAAUUUAUCAUUAGAUGAACAACCAUAUGUUUUUGUUGAAAAAGAUGGUUGUGGACUUAUUAUGUGGUUUUGA